GACUACAAAGUACAAACAAAACAAACAGAAGAGAAACCUCUCAUUCUCUCAAAUCUCAAGUGCUUUGCUUCAAUGGAGAAUUCACCAAGACACAACAGCGAUGACGCACCGAUCUCACCAAACAGCAUCACCACUCCGACCAGACCCGUUAGAUCUCCCAACCAGUACCAGACCACUUAUAUCUACACGGACGUUUCCUCCUUCAAGCAAGUCGUCCAAAUGCUCACCGGAUUCUCCAAGAAACCCAGUUAUCGCAACCGGACUGAUCACCACCAAGCCGAGCCGAGAUCUUCUUUUUCAUAUCACUCGAUCCCUCCGAUCAAAGCCGUACCCAACAAGAAGCACUCUUCUUCCUUCCGCCUCUACGAACGUCGCAUGAAGCAUGUUCUCAAGAUCAACCCGACCCAUUCCGUGUUACCAGAGAUUCUCUCUCCCAGCAUCUUGGAUUUCCCGUCUCUGGCUCUCAGCCCUGUCACCCCUCUCACGCCUGACCCGUUUCGUGGAGCCCGGUCUUCGAGUCAGAGCCCCGGCUCAGACGAGGAAGAGAGAGCGAUCAAAGAGAAAGGGUUUUACUUUCACCCUUCACCAAGGGACUCGGUGCCCCGACUUCUCCCUCUCUUUCCGGUGACUUCGACUCUCUCGUCUCCUUCACCUCAUGAACUCUAGUUUUGCCUUUUGUUUUUAGGCUUUUAUAUAUAUAGCUCGUGUUUUGGAGCAAGUUUUUGUAAUGCUAGUAGCUUUUGGUGUGACUUUUUGCGAAUACAUUUGCUAAUGGAUAUUUUGUUUCAUUAGCAUCUGUUGUUUCUUUCGAUUCUCCUCAUUUUAAUAUGGUUUUAUAUAUAGACCGACUUUUUCAGGUUAA